UAUAGUACAAGUUGAUUAUUUCCUUUGAAAUAGAGAAAAAUUAAAGUAAAUCAUGGGUGUAAUUGUUGAUGAGCAAGUACUCACAUGCUCAAUCUCACCAACUAGGUUUUUCAAAGCAUUCUUUGUUGAUUCGAAGAACUUGUUGCCCAAAAUUUUACCUACGGUUUUCAAGAGUGCAGAAUACAUAGAGGGCAAUGGUGGAUCCAUCUUACUGCUUUCUUUCUAUGAAGGAAAUGAAGUGAAGACCAUGAAACAUAAGGUCGAGGAAAUUGACGAGGCAAAUCUUGUGUACAAGUUCAGCAUAAUCGAAGGUGCUAACAUUGGCGUCGAUUUUGAGUCUGUCAAGAGUGUGAACAAGGUUGAAGCUGGUCCCGAUGGAGGUUGCAUUCUUAAAUCAGUUGUCACAUACAACACAAAAGGAGAUAACGAGAAUGUGAUUCAAGAGAGUAUCAAGAAAGCCAAAGAGAGUCUCGUUGGAUUCUUCCAAGCUGUUGUGGGACAUCUACAUUCCAACCCUGAUGCAUACAACUGAAAUCAAGAUGGCCCUUUUGCUAU